AUGUUUAAUCUGAAUAUUCCAUCAGUUGAUCCUUGUUUGUACGUGAUUCGCUACGCUAAUCGAAUGAGCUUUGGUGAUAAGACUCACGAAGUGUCCAGGUCUGCCUUACGACUUGUGCAGCGGAUGAAACGCGAUUGGAUUCAUACUGGUCGACGUCCAUCUGGGCUCUGUGGGGCGGCGCUGCUGAUUUCUGCCCAAUUUCAUGGCUUUAAUCGGGCUGUGAUUGAUGUCAUCAAAGAGGUGAAAGUCCAUGAGAACACGGUCCGAAAGCGCAUGCAAGAAUUCGGUGAGACUGCGUCGAGCAUUUUGACUUUCGAAGAGUUUAUGCAAGUGGAAUUGGAAGAAGAACACGAUCCGCCGGCCUUCCUCAAAUCUCGGAAAAAAGACAGGAUUGACGAAAUUCAGGAAGAGUCGACAGAAGAGAUGGUUGAACUGGAGAAAGAGAUCAACCGGCAGAUUGCCUUGAGCCUAGCGAAGAAACGAGGUCCUUAUGCAAAAUACGCCAAAGAGGCCCUAGCGGCUCCAUACUCACCUAUCGCCGGCCCCAGCAGGACAAUUAGUCCAUCCACCGAUCCUGAAAUUGAAGACGUCAUCGCCGACAUGACGAUGACAGCCGUCAAGGAAUGCCUUACUCCUACCGAAGCUGCCACCGUUGAUGCCAACUCCUUACCCACUGCCCGAAAAACUACUUCCGAUACAGACGAAUCUAUUUUGAUGCCUCCACCUGGCCCCACGUACCUUCAACUACGCCAUCAUCUCAGGCCUUCAUUAGCCAGUUUGGGUAUUUUCUCGAGAUCCGUGGAAAAGGAAGAACUCAGCAAACAAGACGAGGCUCCACCCGACUCGGGAAAAUUGAAUUUGGAAGGAAUAGAUGACUCAGAAAUGGACUCGUACAUUGAAACGGAUGACGAGGCAAAGAUGAGUAGUGACAUGUGGAUGGCUAUCAACGGGGAAUUGAUGAAAGAAUUGGAAGUUGUUGAACUUAUUGGUGACGACACUAAUGAAAUUUUUGACGACUGUGAAAAAGGAAAGACUUCUGACAAACAUCAAAGCAAAAGAUCCAACGAGACUUCUGAGGUGUCAUCGCUUUCGUCGUUGAAUGGAGAAAAAGAUGUUCAGAGUCUUUGA